AUGGCGAACCUGCUGAAGACAGCCGUCACUGGCUGUUCCUCCUCUUUGCUCAGCAACCUGCAGCCCCGGAAGCUUCUCCCUGGGAAGAACGAUUGUUUACGACCGUUUCACACUCGUCAGGUGCUGUGGUGUAAAGCCCCUGUAAAGCCAGGAAUUCCGUAUAAACAGUUGACUGUUGGAGUCCCCAAGGAGAUCUUCCAGAAUGAGAAGCGAGUGGCCCUGUCCCCAGCAGGUGUCCAGGCUUUGGUCAAGCAGGGCUUUAAUGUGGUGGUGGAGUCAGGCGCAGGCGAAGCUUCCAAGUUCUCCGAUGACCACUACCGAGCGGCCGGCGCGCAGAUCCGGGGGACGAAGGACGUUCUGGCUUCCGAUUUGGUGGUCAAGGUGCGAGCCCCGAUGGUUAACCCGGCGCUGGGUGUGCAUGAAGCCGACCUUCUGAAGACCUCAGGGACACUGAUUAGUUUUAUUUACCCAGCCCAAAACCCAGACUUACUAAGUAAACUUUCAGAAAGAAAGUCGACUGUUCUGGCAAUGGACCAGGUGCCAAGAGUCACGAUCGCCCAGGGCUACGACGCGCUGAGCUCCAUGGCCAACAUCGCCGGGUAUAAGGCUGUCGUACUAGCAGCAAAUCAUUUUGGACGAUUUUUCACCGGUCAGAUCACAGCAGCUGGAAAAGUUCCUCCGGCCAAGAUCCUGAUUGUGGGUGGUGGUGUUGCUGGGCUGGCUUCUGCAGGGGCUGCCAAGUCCAUGGGCGCCAUUGUUCGAGGGUUCGACACCAGAGCCGCAGCGCUGGAGCAGUUCAAGUCCCUGGGCGCCGAGCCCCUGGAGGUGGACCUGAAGGAGUCCGGCGAGGGCCAAGGCGGCUACGCCAAGGAGAUGUCCAAGGAGUUCAUCGAGGCGGAAAUGAAGCUCUUUGCGCAGCAGUGUAAGGAGGUGGACAUCCUGAUCAGCACGGCCCUCAUUCCAGGUAAGAAGGCGCCGGUGCUGUUCCGUAAGGAGAUGAUCGAGUCGAUGAAGGAAGGUUCUGUCGUGGUGGACUUGGCGGCUGAGGCGGGUGGAAACUUUGAAACCACGAGGCCGGGAGAACUGUAUGUUCACAAGGGAGUUACUCACAUCGGCUACACCGACCUUCCCAGCCGAAUGGCCACGCAGGCCAGCACCCUGUACUCCAACAACAUCACCAAGCUCCUCAAGGCCAUCAGCCCGGACAAGGACCACUUCUAUUUUGACGUGAAAGAUGAUUUUGACUUUGGCACGAUGGGCCACGUCAUCAGAGGGACCGUGGUGAUGAAGGAUGGCAAAGUGAUUUUCCCAGCUCCCACGCCGCAGAAUAUACCUCAGGGUGCCCCAGUGAAGCCGAAGACGGUGGCAGAGCUGGAAGCGGAAAAGGCGGCCACUGUUACUCCCUUCAAGAGAACCAUGACCACGGCUUCCGCGUACACAGCAGGUCUCACAACCAUGCUGGGCUUGGGCAUUGCAGCCCCCAACUCGGCCUUUUCUCAGAUGGUGACCACAUUUGGCCUGGCUGGCAUCGUGGGCUACCACACCGUGUGGGGCGUGACCCCGGCUCUCCACUCCCCGCUCAUGUCCGUGACCAAUGCCAUCUCAGGCUUGACGGCAGUGGGCGGGCUGGCGCUGAUGGGAGGACAUCUGUACCCCUCCACCACCUCUCAGGGCCUUGCUGCUCUGGCGACGUUCAUAUCCUCGGUCAACAUCGCAGGCGGCUUCCUGGUGACGCAGAGGAUGCUGGACAUGUUCAAACGGCCCACGGACCCCCCAGAGUACAACUACCUGUACCUGCUCCCGGCCGGCACCUUCCUGGGGGGGUACGCGGCCGCCCUCUCCAGCGGCUAUAACAUUGAAGAAAUCAUGUACCUGGGCUCGGGGCUGUGCUGUGUGGGCGCGCUGGCUGGCCUGUCCACCCAGGGAACAGCGCGUCUUGGCAACGCUCUGGGCAUGAUUGGGGUUGCUGGAGGCCUGGCAGCAACCCUCGGAGGCCUGAAACCGUGCCCAGAGCUGCUAGCUCAGAUGUCUGGAGCGAUGGCUUUGGGCGGAACCAUUGGCUUGACUAUCGCCAGGCGCAUCCAGAUCUCGGACUUACCCCAGCUGGUCGCUGCUUUCCACAGCCUGGUGGGCCUGGCGGCUGUGCUCACCUGCAUCGCCGAGUACAUUGUCGAGUACCCACAUUUUGCCACGGACGCGGCUGCAAAUCUCACCAAGAUCGUGGCUUACCUCGGUACCUACAUCGGCGGAGUCACCUUCAGCGGCUCUCUUGUUGCCUAUGGAAAGCUGCAGGGCAUCCUGGGAUCUGCCCCUCUCCUGCUCCCCGGAAGACACUUGCUCAAUGCGGGCUUGCUGGCUGCGAGCGUCGGGGGGAUCAUCCCCUUCAUGCUGGACCCCAGCUUCACCAUGGGCAUCACCUGCCUGGGUUCUGUCUCCGCGCUCUCUGCUGUCAUGGGCGUGACGCUGACGGCCGCCAUCGGUGGUGCGGACAUGCCUGUGGUCAUCACAGUGCUGAACAGCUACUCCGGCUGGGCCCUGUGUGCGGAGGGCUUCCUGCUCAACAACAACCUGCUCACCAUCGUGGGCGCGCUCAUCGGCUCGUCAGGGGCCAUCCUGUCCUACAUCAUGUGUGUGGCCAUGAACCGCUCCCUGGCCAACGUGAUCCUCGGAGGCUACGGCACCACCUCAACAGCCGGGGGCAAGCCCAUGGAGAUUUCCGGCACGCACACCGAGAUCAACCUUGACAAUGCGAUCGACAUGAUCCGGGAAGCUAAUAGCAUCAUUAUCACCCCAGGCUACGGCCUCUGUGCAGCCAAGGCCCAGUACCCCAUCGCCGACCUGGUGAAGAUGCUCACCGAGCAGGGCAAGAAGGUGAGGUUUGGAAUUCACCCAGUGGCGGGCCGGAUGCCCGGUCAGCUGAAUGUGCUGCUGGCUGAGGCUGGAGUGCCGUAUGACAUUGUGCUGGAAAUGGACGAGAUCAACCAUGAUUUCCCAGAUACUGACUUGGUCCUCGUGAUUGGAGCGAAUGAUACCGUCAACUCAGCCGCCCAGGAAGACCCCAACUCCAUCAUUGCCGGCAUGCCUGUGCUCGAGGUCUGGAAGUCCAAGCAGGUCAUUGUUAUGAAGAGGUCUCUGGGUGUUGGCUACGCUGCAGUGGACAAUCCGAUCUUUUACAAACCCAACACGGCCAUGCUGCUAGGCGAUGCUAAGAAGACGUGUGACGCACUGCAAGCAAAAGUCAGAGAAUCCUACCAGAAGUAA